AUGGAUGAGGAGGCGAAGAGGAUGAACAUGGAAGGGUAUAGAAGGGAUAAGAAGGAGGCGAAGUUAGCGGUUACUAUGGCUGAGACUGGGCAUUUGUAUGAAGAGCAUGGGGCCAAAGGCGGGGAUAAGAAGCUAUACAGGUUAGCCAAGGUGAGAGAGAGGAAGGCCCGUGAUCUGGAUCAAGUUAAGUGUAUCAAAGACGAGGAAGAGGGUGAUAGGUACAUUGUGCUGGGCGACUUGGAGCACUCCGAGAUGCACCGGGAUUUCGGGACGAAGAAGAUGUCCGAUGAUUGGAGGUGGAGUACAAUGAUUCUUCUGUAUAAAAACAAGGGUGAUAUCCAAAGUUGUAAUAAUUUUAGGGGGAUUAAGCUGCUAAGCCAUACUAUGAAAGUUUGGGAGAGGGUGGUUGAAGUGAGGGUGAGGACUAGUGUGUCCAUUUCUGAGAACCAAAUUGGUUUCAUGCCGGGGCGUUCGACUAUGGAAGCCAUUCACAUUAUGAAGAGAUUGGUGGAACGGUAUAGGGAGAUGAAGAAGGACUUGCACAUGGUGUUCAUUGACCUAGAGAAAGCAUAUGACAAAGUCCCAAGAGAGGUGGUUCCACAACAGGCGGCAUCGAUCAUUGCUAGUAGUGCACCCUCUUCUCAGCUGACUUG